GCGCCAUGUUAGGACGAAGGGGAAGGAGGAGAAGCGCUUAAAGCGGCGGGAGCGGGUGCGGGACUGGGGCUGGACCCAGGGCUGAGGCAGGCCGCCCCCCUCCCUCCCGCCUCAGUGGAUCAUGCCCAGGGCGGCGGCGGCGGCGGCGGUUGCGGGGGGGAAGUGACUGGGCGGUGCCGGCGCCGGAGACGAUGCCGUUUCCAGUUACAACACAGGGAUCACAACAAACCCAGCCGCCACAGAAGCACUAUGGCAUCACAUCUCCUAUCAGCUUAGCAGCCCCCAAGGAGACUGACUGCCUGCUGACACAGAAACUCAUUGAGACUCUGAAGCCCUAUGGGGUGUUCGAAGAGGAAGAGGAAUUGCAGCGCAGGAUUUUAAUUUUGGGAAAAUUAAAUAACCUGGUGAAAGAGUGGAUUCGGGAAAUCAGUGAAAGCAAGAAUCUUCCACAAUCUGUAAUUGAAAAUGUUGGAGGAAAAAUUUUUACCUUUGGAUCUUACAGAUUAGGAGUACAUACAAAAGGUGCUGAUAUAGAUGCGUUGUGUGUUGCACCAAGACAUGUUGAUCGAAGUGACUUUUUCACAUCUUUCUACGAUAAGUUGAAAUCACAAGAAGAAGUAAAAGACUUAAGAGCUGUUGAAGAGGCAUUUGUGCCAGUUAUCAAACUGUGUUUUGAUGGGAUAGAGAUUGAUAUUUUGUUUGCAAGAUUAGCACUGCAGACUAUUCCAGAAGAUUUGGACCUACGAGAUGACAGUCUCCUUAAAAAUUUAGAUAUACGAUGCAUAAGAAGUCUUAAUGGUUGCAGGGUAACUGAUGAAAUCUUACACCUAGUACCAAACAUUGACAACUUCAGGUUAACUCUGAGAGCUAUCAAACUGUGGGCCAAACGGCACAACAUCUAUUCCAAUAUAUUAGGUUUCCUCGGUGGUGUUUCCUGGGCAAUGCUAGUAGCAAGAACUUGCCAGCUUUAUCCAAAUGCAAUAGCAUCAACUCUUGUACAUAAAUUUUUCUUGGUAUUUUCUAAAUGGGAAUGGCCAAAUCCAGUGCUUUUGAAACAGCCUGAAGAAUGCAAUCUUAAUUUGCCUGUAUGGGACCCAAGGGUAAACCCCAGUGAUAGGUACCAUCUUAUGCCUAUAAUUACACCAGCAUACCCACAACAGAACUCCACGUACAAUGUGUCCGUUUCCACACGGAUGGUCAUGGUUGAGGAGUUUAAACAAGGUCUUGCUAUCACAGAUGAAAUUUUGCUGAGUAAGGCAGAGUGGUCCAAACUUUUUGAAGCUCCAAACUUCUUUCAGAAGUACAAGCAUUAUAUUGUACUUCUAGCAAGUGCACCAACGGAAAAACAACGCCUAGAAUGGGUGGGCUUGGUGGAAUCAAAAAUUCGCAUUCUGGUUGGAAGCUUGGAGAAGAAUGAAUUCAUUACAUUGGCUCAUGUGAAUCCCCAGUCAUUUCCUGCACCCAAAGAAAAUCCUGACAAGGAAGAUUUUCGCACGAUGUGGGUAAUUGGGUUAGUGUUUAAAAAAACAGAAAACUCCGAAAAUCUGAGUGUUGAUCUCACCUGUGACAUUCAGUCUUUCACAGAUACAGUUUAUAGGCAAGCAAUAAACAGCAAGAUGUUUGAGUUGGAUAUGAAAAUUGCUGCAAUGCAUGUAAAAAGAAAGCAACUCCAUCAACUGCUACCUAAUCAUGUGCUUCAGAAAAAGAAAAAGCAUUCAACAGAAGGAGUCCGGUUAACAGCGCUGAAUGACAGCAGCCUUGACUUGUCCAUGGAUAGUGAUAACAGCAUGUCUGUGCCUUCACCUACCAGUGCUACGAAGACCAGUCCAUUGAACAGUUCUGGCAGCUCUCAGGGCAGAAACAGUCCUGCCCCAGCUGUGACGGCAGCAUCUGUGACCAACAUCCAGGCUACUGAAGUUUCUGUGCCACAAGUCAAUUCCUGUGAAAGCUCAGGGGGUACAUCGAGCGAAAGCAUUCCUCAAACUGCCACACAGCCAGCCAUUUCUCCACCACCAAAGCCUACGGUCUCCAGAGUGCUCACACGUCUGGUUAACCCGCCACCUAGACCUUCAGGAAAUGCAGCAACAAAAACACCUAAUCCUAUUGUAGGAGUAAAGAGAACAUCCUCUCCUCACAAAGAAGAAAGUCCCAAGAAAACCAAAACAGAAGAGGAUGGAACAAGUGAAGAUGCUGACUGUCUGGCUUUGAGUGGAGCUGACAAAACAGAAACUAAGGAAAAACUCGAUACAGAGACGAGCAUGAGUCCGUCAGAGACAAUUCAGACAGCACCUUCUCUGUUGGCCUCUCAGAAAACAUCCAGUACAGACCUUUCUGAUAUCCCUGCUCUCCCUGCAAAUCCUAUUCCUGUUAUCAAGAAUUCAAUAAAACUGAGACUGAAUCGGUAAAACCACCUCAGGGGUCCAUUAACAGUAUCUGCCAACUCCACCUGUUGUCUUCAGAUGCUAAAACAAGGAGAAUGGAGGAUACAAGACUAGACGUGACUGACAGUGGAUUUAGGUUUUUGGUGACCUCCCUCACUGGGCUGAUCGGCACUUGAUCGGAAGUCCAGGUUAGUAUGUGGAAGUCAGGAGUACUUGUUAGUACUGUGUUAGCAACAGUUGCAUUAACUAUUUCAAGAAAAAUUACUGCCUUUAAAAAAGAAAUAAAACACACACACACACACACACACACACACACACCCCUCAAACUAUAUUUGUGUCCAUAAUUGACAUCUGGAUUGAAUUUAUGUUUGAUGCAUUGUUUGGAAAAUUUGCAAUACAAACUGGCAUAAGAAUUCCUUAUUCUGAUGAUGCACUUUUACGUAUUUUUUUUUAUUAGAAAGUAGAACUGAUUUUAGAUUUUCAGUUUAAUAGAUUUUUUUUUCACAAAGAAUCUCCUUUACCAUUGGUCUUGGAAGUGGGUCCUGCUGCGCAGUGGUGCACUGUAGCACUUCAGAGGACGUCUAGGUCAGUCCUUCCCAGGUGGCUGUAACCCUUGAAAUAUAGUACCAACUCUAGGGCAUACUUUUGACACUGAAAGAAUAAUUAGGACAUACUUGGCUUUGAUGGGGUUAUGAUUUAAAAUGUAUAUUGGUUUUAUUUAUGGAAUUGUUUAAUAGUACAUACAAAUCAGCAAUCAGCCAGCAAAUAUAUUUUUGAGCUCACUGAAGCUCUGUAAUUUUUGCCUUUAAUCUUUUAUCUUUGAAAUAAAAUUAACUUUUUGACCGUUCCCUCUUUUCCUUUUUGCUUCGUAUGCAUGUGGUGAGCCUAGUUCACAAAAGCCACAAUGCCAGUAUUUUCUUAAGCCAUGACGUGAAGCCAGUGACCUUAUGGCAACAUGGCACAAAACACUAAAUUUUAGUCCCAUGGCUGAAACUUACGAAUAACUAAAAGUAAUGUCUAUAAAACAUACCUGCUUAUCUUGGGUGGAGAUUUGAUCUCUUAAGAGGAAUUUUGUACAUGCCACAGAACUCCUAUUCCUGACUUACAGAAAUUGAUUUUCAUUUUUAAAUGUAUACAAAAUGCAUUUUCUCCUAGAUUUUUAAACUAAUUUUUAUUUUUAACUGGUUUAUCAGAAUUUGUCAGUAAAUUUUACAUACAGAAACAUUUUAAAAAAUCAUUUCUAGCAAGCACUUGGCAUUCAGUCAACUCUCUGCUUCUACAUUUUGUUUUGUUCUAUCAAAAGAUUAGGAGCUCCUUUAAAGAAAAUAACUUCUCAUAAUUAAGCAGCAGAAUUCUCAUCCAUCUUUGUGAAGGGUGCCAGAUGUGAGUAAACUUACUCUUUGUUAAUCUGGAUAAAGCAAACGAGAGAUUUUUCCUCACGAGCAUGUUCUGUGAGCCUUCCUGUGCGCUCUGUGCUGUCACACGUGCAUCUUCAUGUUGAGCUACAGUUACUUAAACUCUUCCCGUCCUUCUAAAUUAAUUUCCACAGUUGGAAUGUAGUCCCCCCUCAUAGGCUGUGCAUUAAUUAGGCUUUCUUUCCACCAUGACUUUCUAAUGUUCAGCAUACAAUCUUCCUCCUUUCCACGUCUCUGCUCCACUGUCACCUUGCCCGCCCUCCCCACCUAUGUAAACAAGAUGGUCAGCCAGCAGGUGAAGUGUAAGGUGUCUGUGUAGCUUCAGAGUUAGAUUGACAUUGCCAGGCACAGAUUUAGUCUUGUCGUUUUGUUUACACAUUGGGGGAAAAAUUCAUUUUAUUAAACGUUUCAUGUAACUGCAUCCAAGUUUUGCCAGGCUAGAACCUUGGAUCUUUUCUGUGUAGUGACUUUUUAAUUCUAGUUUUCAUAACCUGGAGAUCAGACUGUUGCUUUCGCAUGAUGUAAGUAGUGUCUCAUGACUGGAGUUUGCUUUGUUUUAUAGUAUCUGUACUCCUUGUAUUUUUCAAGAGCUAUUUUGUAAACAGAUGAUGUAUUUCUCCAUUGAAAACACAAUAAAAUUAAAAAAACAGCACAAUUCCAUA